AUGACGACGGGUGCGCGUGGCUACUUCUUGGUCACCGCGGUUGCCGUCGUCCUUGCGCUUCUCCCAGCCAGCGCCACAGCCGCCGGCCUCAAGGUCGGCUUCUACAACAAGUCAUGCCCAUCGGCGGAGACCCUGGUGCAGCAGGCGGUGGCUGCCGCCUUCAAGAACAACAGCGGCAUCGCCGCCGGCCUCAUCCGCCUGCACUUCCAUGACUGCUUCGUCAGGAAAUAG